CAGGAAGUGAGCUUUCACAAAGAAGAGGAGCACAGUCGAUGUCAUGGCUUCAGAUGUGAAGUCCAGAGCUAAGCGCUAUGAAAAGCUGGACUUUUUGGGUGAAGGACAGUUUGCAACGGUGUACAAGGCAAGGGAUAAAACCACAAACACCAUUGUUGCAAUCAAAAAGAUUAAAGUGGGACACAGAACUGAGGCCAAAGAUGGCAUCAACAGAACAGCUCUUAGAGAGAUUAAGUUGUUGCAAGAGCUCAGUCAUCCGAACAUUAUUGGUCUCCUGGAUGCUUUUGGACACAAAUCCAAUAUCAGUCUUGUUUUUGACUUCAUGGAGACAGAUCUCGAGGUGAUCAUAAAGGACACUAGUCUUGUAUUGACGCCAGCCAAUAUCAAGGCAUACAUUCUAAUGACGUUACAUGGUUUGGAGUACAUGCACAAUCACUGGAUCCUCCAUAGGGAUUUAAAGCCCAAUAAUUUGCUACUGGAUGAAAAUGGAGUCUUGAAGCUUGCUGAUUUUGGCUUGGCCAAAGCAUUUGGAAGCCCUAACAGAGUAUAUACACAUCAAGUAGUAACAAGAUGGUACCGUGCGCCAGAGCUGCUCUUCGGUGCCAGGAUGUAUGGUGUGGGUGUGGACAUGUGGGCAGUUGGAUGCAUUCUUGCUGAACUUUUACUCCGAGUACCAUUUUUAGCUGGAGAUUCAGACUUGGAUCAGCUUACAAAGAUAUUUGAAGCUUUGGGAACACCAACAGAAGAGACGUGGCCUGGAAUGUCCAGUCUUCCUGACUAUGUGUCAUUUAAACUUUUUCCUGGCACCCCACUUGAGCAUAUAUUCAGUGCUGCUGGCGAUGACCUGCUGGAACUCCUCAAGGGUCUAUUCACCUUUGACCCCUGCACACGCACCACAGCCUCACAGGCUUUGAAGAUGAGAUAUUUCAGCAAUAGACCAGGACCAACCCCAGGACCUCAGCUUCCAAGGCCAAACUCUUCAGCAGAGGCCCUGAAAGAAAAAGAAAACCUGUUGAUAGGAAUCAAAAGAAAACGUGACACCAUUGAACAAGGUACCCUUAAAAAGAAGUUGGUGUUCUGAGUGAUUUGGAUGGUCUUUUCUGCCAAAGGUGCUGCUGUGGUCCUCCAUGAAUUGCAAAUGCCCUGAUCAACAGUGCAUUUAGAGUUACGGAAUUGAACGUAUUUAUGUAUCAAUUAGUACAAUCUAUUUUACUUUUAUGUACUGUAAAAGAUUAAAUUAUAGAGAAAUGUUGAUUUGCCUGUUGUUUUGAUUUUGCACAUCACCAUAUUAGCAUGUACAAAGUAAGUAAGCUUAAAUGGAUAGUUCACCCUAAAAUUAAAAUUCUCAUCAUUUGCUCACUCUCAUGCCAUCCCAGAUGUAUAUGACUUCCUUUCUUCUGUAGGACAAAGAUUUUUAGAAGAAUAUUUCAGCUCUGUGGUUCCAUACAAUUCAAGUGAAUUGGGUCCAGAAGUUUGAAGCUCCAAAAAGCACAUAAAGGCAUCCUAAGUCAUCCAUACGACUCCAGUGGUUUAAUCCAUAUCUUCAGAAGUCAUAUGAUGGGUGUGAGUGAGAAACAGAUCAAUAUGUAUGUCCUUUUUUUAACUAUAAAUCUCCACUUUCACAGGCUAGAAGUGAAAGUGGAGAUUUUUAGUAAAAAUGUUUGAAAUAUUGAUUUGUUUCUCAUCCCAAGCAUUUGCAUAGCUUCAGAAAACAUACACAUCUGGGAUGGCAUGAGGGUGAGCAAAUGAUGAGAGAAUAAACAUUUUAGGGUGAACUAUCCAUUACGUUGUACAUGCUAAAGCACUGGAGUCAUAUGGAUUACUUUUAUUCUGCCUUAUGUGCUUUUUGGAGCUUCAAAAGUUAUGUACCCAAUUCACUUGCAUUGUAUGGACCUACAGAGCUGAAAUAUUCUUCUAAAAAUCUUUGUGUCCUGCAGAAGAAAGAAAAUCACACAUAUCUGGGAUGGCAGGGCAAGAUGAGCAAAUUAUGAGAACAUUUGCAUUUUGGGGGGAACUGUUCCUUUAACAGUGCAUAGACAAUAAAUAAUGUCUGUCCUUUUCAUACAAUGAAAAAGCAGUAAUGCUUGCAGGAAUUUCGGGUCUAGUGAAUUGUUUCCUUAACUUGUCGUGCUUUUUUCAUUAUUGUUAUUUUUUUAUUAUUAUUUUUACGUAUAGUAGCGACAAAGCAUUUGAGUGGUCAGGCAGUUUCAUUUGUUACGAGAUUAUAUCCAGUUGUCCUGAGAGAGGUGCUGUUGUCAGCAGCUUCCAUCUGUCAGUUCAUUGUUUGUCACGAACACCUGUGAAAUUUUGUGUAAUAUCU